UAUUAGUGAUUUGAAAUGGCUUUUUUUUUCAUGUGUCCUGCAGCUCGGAGUCCAGUGUUGUCCCACCUGUCGUCGUCUCUUCAGGGCCUGUGGACCAUCCGAGCCUUUGGAGCAGAGGAGAGGUUCCAGAAAGCCUUCAAUGCCCAGCAGGACCUGCACUCAGAGGCCUGGUUCCUGUUGCUGACCACCUCUCGCUGGUUCGCUGUCCGUCUCCACGGCAUCUGCUCCAUCUUUGUUACCGUCACCACCUUUGGCCGCCUGCUGCUCAGAGACCGUGCAGCUGAAGUCCGCGGAGGAGGAGCUGCCCGGGCAGUUGGAGACGGUUCUGGCCGAGUCGGGCUCCAACUUCAGCGUGGGCCAGAGGCAGCCACGGCCAACGUGGACCCCAGGACAGAUGAGCUGAUCCCUCAUCGUCUCAACACCAUCAUAGACAGCGACAGGAUACCGUGCAGUCUUCUGACCACAACUGAGGAUGACGGACUUUCUUCAUCCACGUCUUCAUCGUCUUCUUCUUCUUCUGCUGAAUGAAUGCAGACGGUGUACCCAGAAGGGUCGGAGGGGGUCAUGCAGGAGAAAUGCAGGGGUUUUUCAGGGGUUUUUCACUAAAUAAACACGAAAAAAAAAAAAAUACGCAUUUUUGUGUUUCAUAACCUCUCCGUGCUAUGUCUCCGAAAGCCCAGGAGGAGACGCACGUCUCAUAC